UAAAGAUUCCGGCACCUCCCUUUGCACCGAAGUUCAAACCAAAGAAACCAUCUCUCAAAAAUUGGAAGGGAAGAAAGAGAGGAAAAGAACAAAUUAAACACCCUCGUUUCCUUCUCGAACCCAUCUCUCCCUCUCAUUCAUUCUCUCCCGAUUCCAGUAGAUCUCGUCGCUCCGCUGGAGAUUGGGUCGGAGACCAAGAGAAAGCUGGAAGCCAGAUACGGCCUGGUGGCGGCCGAUGCGAUCGCCGGGUGGUUUGGAUGAGGGGAUGGUCAGAUCCUUUACGCUGAUGAAGAUUGUUAGCCCUUGUUGGAAGCUGUCGCCGGAGAGCCGAGGCGACGACAGCUCCGGCCGCUUCGGCGCCGGCCGCGCCGAUGGGCUCCUGUGGUACAAGGACCUCGGGCGCCACGCCGGCGGGGAGUUCUCCAUGGCGGUGGUGCAGGCCAAUAACUUGCUGGAGGACGGCAGUCAGAUCGAGUCGGGGCCGCUGAGCUUGUACGAAUCGAGCCCGCCGCACGGGACGUUCGUAGGGGUCUAUGACGGGCACGGCGGACCCGAAACCUCGAAAUACAUCACCAACAAUCUAUUUUGGAACCUAAAAAAGUAUGCAUUGGAACAGAAAGGCAUGUCGGUAGAUGUAAUACGAAAAGCUUUUUCCGCUACAGAAGAAGGCUUUAUCUCUCUUGUAAGAAAGCAAUGGCUCACUAAGCCCCAGCUUGCGUCCGUUGGUUCCUGCUGUUUGAUCGGUGUUAUAUGUGGUGGGGUGCUUUAUGUCGCGAAUCUUGGAGAUUCUCGAGCAGUGUUAGGGAGAUUGGAGAGUGAUAUUAGAGAGGUGAAAGCUGUGCAGCUGUCAACAGAGCACAAUGCGAGCUUUGAAUCUAUCAGGGAGGAAUUGCGUUCAAUGCAUCCAGAUGAUUCACAGAUUGUGGUUUUAAAGCAUAAGGUCUGGCGUGUGAAGGGCCUUAUUCAGGUUUCAAGAUCUAUUGGGGAUGCUUAUUUGAAGGAUGCAGAGUUCAACCGUGAGCCUCUGCUAUCAAGGUUCCGGUUGCCUGAGCCCUUUUGUAAAUCAAUCCUCAGUGCUGAGCCAACAAUAGUGACGCAUAAACUCUGUCCAAAAGAUCAGUUUUUAAUAUUUGCAUCAGAUGGUUUAUGGGAACACUUGAGCAAUCAAGAAGCGGUUGAAAUGGUUCACAACUCACCUCGUAGUGGAAUCGCAAGGAAACUUAUAAAAGCUGCUAUGCAAGAGGCUGCAAAAAAAAGAGAAUUGAGAUACUCAGACCUGAAAAAGAUUGAUCGUGGGAUCAGAAGACAUUUUCAUGAUGAUAUCACUGUAAUAGUUAUAUUUCUGGACCAUACUCAGAUAAGUAAGAACUUCUAUCAUGGCCCUGUACUUUCCCUAAGGGGAGGUGGGAAUCCAGUUCCAGUUUAAGCGUAUCCUGCAAUCAUGAGUUCUAGAUGCUUCGUCUGAAAUCUAUCCCCAUGCAUGAAGCUGAAUAUUUGCUUAUAUCUACUAGCUUGGAAUCAGAUAUUCUUUCUUCAGGCUAUACCAGAGACAGCUGGUGAUUAAGAUGAGAAUUUAAGCAUUAUAGGAAGAAAAUUUAUUACACUUAAAGUCUGCCUGAAAAUUCGUAUUUUUGAACUGGAAAUAGAUGCAGUUAGCAGUCGCACCUUAUGGUGGAGGCCUGGGUUCAGUUCUUACAAACUGACUGAAAAUGGUGGCCUCUUGAUGCAGGUAUCAAGGAUUAACUGGUCAGUAAAUGGAUUUCCUGCUAUUAACAAUUGUCCUUGUACUCUAAGAGUGCAGCUGCAGGAAAUCAUGACUGGCAACCCAUCUCUUGUUGCUCUUUGAUUUUGCAGCGUGGCUGUGUUCAGCUUGCGAUAUCUAUACUCAUGGGGAAUGUUAGUUUGGAGGUGAGACCAAGAAUCUGGAUGCAGUUGUUUUGAUGAGUUUCAUUUUAAAGCUUGUAACUUCCUUAGUACUCUUAAAGACUAUAAUGGUAUCAUUUACAAUUUUUUUUAUUAUUACUCUUAUUCUCUUCUGGUGCAAUGUAAUUUCUGCAAGAACUUUGUAAAGAAAUUCCCAAUUUUGAGAUAAGCCGAAGAAACACCAGCUACCCGCAUUUUCUUCUAAAUUGUUCUGCUUGUAACCCACUUUCAGGAACAAGUAACCAAAGUAAGCUUGUUUAUGUACUUAUAAA